CGCCUCCGCCUUCUUCUCCUCCCUCCCGCAGCCUCGUGCGCGACGCAUGCGCACUGGGCGUCCUGGCGCCGCGGGGGGGGGCUGGGGCGAUGAGCGUCCUGCUCCCCAACAUGGCGGACUUCGACACCAUCUACGAGCUGGAGGAGGAAGAGGAGGAGGAGGAGGAAGAGUCCGAGACUGUGGUGAGGAGGAGUCAGGAGCUGCCGCGGCCCCGGGACGCGCCCGAACCCGUGGCUGUGAGGGGCGCCGGGCAUAUCACUGUGUUUGGCUUGAGCAACAAGUUUGAUACAGAAUUUCCCUCUGUUCUAACAGGGAAGGUUGCCCCGGAAGAAUUCAAGACCAGUAUCAGUCGUGUGAAUACGUGUUUAAAGAAGAAUCUCCCUAUCAAUGUAAAAUGGCUUCUCUGUGGCUGUUUGUGCUGCUGCUGCACCCUGGGUUGCAGCCUGUGGCCUGUUGUCUGUCUUAACAAAAGAACUAGAAGAUCAAUUCAGAAGUUGUUAGAAUGGGAAAACAACAGAUUAUAUCACAAGCUUGGUUUGCACUGGAAGUUGAGUAAAAGGAAAUGCGAAACUAGCAAUAUGAUGGAAUAUGUAAUACUUAUAGAAUUCUUACCAAAAUAUCCCAUAUUUCGACCCGACUGAGGAAGCAGUAUUACCUUUCGUGUUACCUGUUGUUUCCUACCUGUAGUGCCUUGUAGGGGAAGUUGGAAAGAAGAUGGUUUACUUUGUUUUGUUUUUUAAAAAGCGUUCUUUGGUAGAAUAUCUUCCUUACUAUGUUUCUUUCGUUUUAAGAAGAAAACAAUUUGCACAUUUUUUUAAUGUUAAAUGAUGAGGCUUGUGUGUGCGUUCUUGAAUUUUUUUUUAACAGUAACUGAUAAAAGUUGCCACUGUGGAAAUAAUAUCAGUGCUGCUUGUAGCCUGGUUCUGAGCAUGCUGCCUUAUUAAUUUCCAAACUUGUCUGUUUACCAAAUAUGUAACGUAACUCAGUAUCACAUUGUGCAUCCACUACAGUUUCACCAUCGUCCUUCAAAAUUUUGGCAGAAAUGAUCAAGGUUAGCUUACAGAAACUAGUAAUAAUUUUACGAUCUGCUUGCAUAAGGCUUGCAAUGAACAGUAUUGGUUUUGUUCCUGCACUUGCAAAGUUGCUCAUUUCAUAUUGGGGGCGGGGGCAGGAUCCGUUCCUUUUCCUCACAGUGGGUCUGUAAAUAUUGCCUUUCGCAUAAUAUAAAGUGUGGUUAUGAUGCCAAGGUUUACAGAAUGUAAUAUAAUGCCUAUUGUUUUGCCAAUUGUUGAACAUAGAUUUGUUAUGAAUGUCUGUAAGCAUCCUUCUGAUUGUAUGGGCCCUCGGACGUGCCAUUUUAUGGUGAAGCCAUGGUGGCUUUCUAGAGACUACCGAAUGUCGGGCUCGGGUGCACUUUGUUAGAAAAGGGGAUGCAUUUUUGCAUUCAUAUCUCUGUCUCUGAAGGUGUUGUCACAAUACCUGAAGGCCUAACUCUUAAUAUAUAGAUGGAAUCCAAAGAGCCGCAAACCCACAGGGGCUUGUGACUGGUGUUUCUUAUACAGCAGGGCCCCCACAUCCUUCUGCUCUGGAAAACAUAGACACUAUUGAAAUCCAAUCUAUGCUAUGACUUGCUGGACUGAGGCUCCACUCUCUGUGGACAGAGUCAAAUUCCACUGAGCAUGUCUAAAGUCAUUCUUUAGAUCUCUGCCAUAAACUUUCCAGAAACUGUAUUCUUUAAGCAAGCUUAAAUGAUUUGCCUGGAUUGUACCAAUUAAUGGUAAGUAUUAGGGCAGUGCCUAAAUGCAGUGGGUGGGGGUGGGAGGUAUUUUGCCACAUUAGUAGCUUUUUUAUCUUUAAAAUAUGAUUGAGACAGAUUUAUAUUCAUCCUUUUCAGGAUUCUACUCUUAAAAGUACAAAGAGAUUCCAUCAAAGAUCUGGACAGAGCCUACUGCUGGAAAGGUGUGGCAGAUAGCUAAGGCUGCCAGAUGCCCAUGUUUUGGUAUCCUGGUGUUGUGAGGGUUAUAGGUCAAGCAGUAACCUUGAUGGCAUCUGCACAUUUAAUUGACUUCUCUUGCUUUGGUCCUAAUCAGUGGGCUGAUUCUUGUGGCUGAGGUUGGGAGGGGAGUGCAAGUAUUCAGACCUGUUACAGUAUUGAACAGCAGAGGAUUAGAAGGCAGGCAGAAUCCUGGAUAGAGCCAAAUGAUGCAUCCUGAAAUGGAGUAUAGCAUGGGUUCUCAAAGCUGGAUCCCCAGAUGCAGUUGGACUACAACUCCCAUCAUCCCCUGCCAAAGGCCAUUGUGGCAGGGGGAGAUGUCAUCCAACUGUGUUUGGUGGCCCAAGUUUGAGAACCCCUGGAGAACAGUGUUUUCCUGUUCACAAUAUAUGGUGUUGAGUUGCCUAUUGCCAAUAAGUCAUUCUAAAUACUGUCUUCUUGCCUGACGCAGCCUGAAGCUGCUUAUGCUACAUCUCAUCGGCUGCUACUACUGAGUAGCUCAGAAUAGCCCUAAGCCCCACACAUCUUAUUCUCUACCCACCCAUCCACAUAGGUGUGUCUCUGGAGAAUUUCUCGCUAGUGUCUGAUGUUCCUUGUCAUGAAUUCUGAGUACUGUCCACUUGUCUCUUUAGAGGGCGUCGUUCAGUGGUUUCAUGGUGGUGGUGGUGGGGUGUUUCUCAGUCAUGUUUCCAAUACUUUUAAUACCAAGAACGAGAGUCCACUUCCCUCAUUUAGGCAGUAGCUCUUUAACUGACUGCUUGCAUCUUCAAAGGCCAAACUUGCUGAAGAGCCAAAUCCCCUUACGACCACCUUGUGUGGAAGUUCAUUCCGUUGAUAUCACUCGGAUUUAAUUCAGUGAACCUUUAUCCCCCCCCCCCCGCUUUUGAGGUAUAGGGCACAAAUUUUGCCAUUUUCAAGCUGUUCAAAAGCUCAUCAGAACUCCGUACAUUUUCCACCAAAAGGGGUCAUAUUCUUGGGUCUGCAUAAGCCAAAUUCUUAAGAUACUUCUAUUGGGGGACAUAGUCUCCUUUUGCUACACGUAGCGGUAUCAAGCAGUGUUUUGUUGACCUAAAUAACAUUUACCACAUCAUACAAAUGUUUCUCAGUCAGCUUUGUGUGUUGGGUAGCAUUGGUGUAGAAAGGGUCCACAGGUGUGCCAGUUAUGGGUUUGUCUACAUGUUUGGUAACAUGUUUUCUAUGGCCCAUCCCCUCCCUCCCCACUUACCUGCUGAUUAAUCAGCCAAGAGCAGUUGUGGGGAUGUCAGCCCCUUCCUGAGAGAUUUGGGCUAUGCAUACAGCUACCAUGCAUCCCUCUACUACUCUUGGGGUAUCUUGGCCAGUGGCACAGCAUACGACAAGCCCUAAGCGAGACUGUGUGUUCGGUGUUCUUUCCCUUCAUAUCUCAAGUGUUUGUAAAAUGGAGUCGUGUUACUUUUCGUUUGAAAUGAGCCCUUUGCAUUUUGCUGCCCUGAGCAAAGAACAACAGAAAUGGAGAGGUUUCACACAAGAAUGUCUUGUGGUGUUGCAAAGGAUUCUAGAAAGCUGCUUCUUGGAGUUCAAGUGGCUGUAGGAGCCCUAGUCUUCCCUGUGGCGUCAGAAGAGAUCCCAGGGCUCAUCUCUUGGAUCAGCCAAAACACUCGUGUGGCCACGCCAGCCCCCAGGAGAAGAACCCCUUUCUCUCUUCCUUCGCCGCCUUUGGCAAAGAAAUCUAGAACAGAUCGAAGCAAUGGAAGAGGAUGUGCCUUGAAAGGUUCAGAAAAUAAUGUGCAGAGGUCUAUAGCUAAAGUCUAUGGUAUUCUACUAGCAGAGCAAAAAUCGGUGCUGCUCUUAUGGCAUCGAUGCCUACAAGGCUUGGAGCUCUUCUCUGUGUUACACAUUCUGGACUGUACCACUUCAGACCUCCAGUGAGGACGUCGCAUGGACGCUCCAGCACAUUAUUAAAGCCUCCCUGUCUGUAGUAAGCUAGCACAGCAGAGUGGGCUACACUUUCUCCCUGAUACACUGUUUUACUACAUGCAGGGCUUUUCUUGAUGUGGGGGAGCAUUCACACAUGAUACCCCCACACACACACACCUGCCAUGUGAAGGGUGCAAUCCAGAUGUUUUGUGUUCUGUGUAAUGUGUAGACUAGCUGUGGAUUUUUGCAGAAGUGAUUGUGAGAUGAGUGACAGUUCAGUGCAGUCCAGAUAACUGAUGGGGCUUUCGCCAAGUCUGUAUACUGUUAAACAGGCCGCCUCUCUCUUUCUCUGCCCCACCACAAUCUGCAGAAUAGAUUUUCAGUCACUUGGUGAGCUCUAAUAAAUUCAGAAGUCCUGAUGAAAGUACAAGACUCCAUAUAUGCAACUGUGAAUAUUGCCUCUUAGCAUCUUGACGUUGGGCGUAUCGCUAAAAAUAUUGAGCAAUAAGGGGGAAAGGUGUGUUGAUACUUGGUGUAAAUAAUGUAACCAUUUUAGUUUAAAAUGUUACAUAAAAUAUGUUCAAGUUCUGCAACUUUUGUGGGUUUUUUCUGUUUAUGGUUAUAUUAUUUGUAACUCAUGUCCUUAACACUUCUGUUUACAAAGUAAAUAGCCACUUUUUCAUAGGACCUCAUGCCUUGAAGUUUUUAAAAUAAAAUUCUAAAUGAG